UUCUCUCCCACCAAAUUUUGAAACAAAGAACAUCACAACCCCACACGUUAUCCUUCCAAUAAAAUCAAAACUAACAACAUUGUGUUAUCAUUUUAUAUAUGUUUUACAUUUUACUUAUAUUCUCUCAAAACACAAUACCUUUUCUUUUUAUGGUAUUGUGACAUUUUUUUUUCUUUUCUUGUAUUUGUAUUCUUAGUGUCAUUAGUUGUUUUUUUACAAACAUCUAAUGACACUAGAAACUUUAACAUAAUCUUUGUGACAUACCAAAGCAAGUUCAAAACACCAUCUUUGUGAAUCUUGAUGCCCUAAAAUUUUCACUCUUUUUUCAAACGAAUUAAUAUGUCGAUUAUCGAAAGGGUGAAAUUAACAUUCACAAUGGCAGGGAGAAUAUUGAAUGAAGUCAUUAGUUUCUUUGUGUUCACAAUUCUUGAUGUUCUUGAUUUUUUGUUAUGUUAUGUAUACAGAGUAAUUGAUUUCAUAGUGGAAGCAGAGUGGAAGUCCUGUUACUGCUCGUCAGUUAAACAAACCAUGAUGAGCAGUGACACAAUCUUGGUCUCUGAGUCCAAGAUUGUGUGUCUGACAUCUUCUAGCCGCAAUAAAUUGCAGCUAGAAGAAAUAUCAGACACAUUGUACACGCGAUCUUCGCUUGUAUCUGAAGUAUCGAAAUUUACUAUGAAUGAGCUUAAAAGGCUCAAAUUGGAGAAUGCUGCCCCAAUUGUGAAAAGAGGAGCUCUACGCUCAACUUUUACUGUGAACUCAACUAUUGUCGAGAUGCUGCAAGGCAAAAUUAGUGGCUUAAAGUCAAAUAUUGGUCCGAGAUGGUCGGAUUGUGAUUGUAAAACUUGUAAUUCUUGGACUUCCUCUUCCAGAGAUUCACUUUUUGUACAUAUUGACGGUGCCAAAGAAAACGUACAAGAAAAUGUGAUUUUCAUUCAUGGAUUCAUUUCAUCAUCAGAGUUUUGGACAGAAACUCUGUUUCCAAACUUUACAAAGGGUACAAAAUCGAAGUAUCGAUUAUUCGCGGUGGAUCUACUAGGAUUUGGAAGAAGUCCGAAGCCAAAAGAGUCACUUUACACCUUAAGAGAACAUCUAGAGAUGAUUGAAAAAUCAGUACUAGAGCAAUACAAUGUCAAAUCUUUUCACAUUGUGGCACAUUCAUUGGGAUGCAUAUUGGCACUGGCACUUGCUGUAAAGCAUCCUGCUUUAGUUAAAUCCCUAACUUUACUUGCACCGCCAUAUUUUCCAACACCAAAGGGAGAAGAAGCAACGCAGUAUAUGAUGAGACGAAUCGCGCCGCGACGAGUAUGGCCUGUGAUUGCAUUUGGGGCAUCGUUAGCUUGUUGGUAUGAGCAUGUUAGUAGAACAAUUUGCUUACUCAUCUGCAAAAACCAUCGUUUGUGGGAAUUUCUCACCAAACUCAUCACCAGAAACAGGAUAAGAACAUACCUAGUAGAUGGAUUUUGCUGCCACACACACAAUGCAGCAUGGCAUACACUACACAACAUCAUUUGUGGUACUGCUGGAAAAAUAGAAGGAUACUUAGACAUGGUGAAAAAUCGUCUAAAAGGCGAAGUCACGGUGAUUCAUGGUGAAGAUGAUGAACUUAUCCCCGUCGAAUGCAGCUACAAUGUUCAGUCCAGAGUCCCUCGUGCUCGCGUUAACGUUGUCAAGAACAAAGAUCAUAUCACCAUUGUUGUAGGAAGACAACAAGCUUUUGCUAGAGAACUUGAAGAAAUUUGGAAUAAUAAUUAAUUCCACAAGUAAUUAAUUGAACUAUUUUCUACAAGUGUUUUGAUUAUUUUCAUGAUCCUAAAGAAAUGUUAUUACUUGUUACGUACGUACCAUAUAUCAUUUUAUUUUUUUUAAUCAUAAGUUAAAAACGAUAUCCAAUGAAGAAAAAUUAA